CCUCGUCGCCUAGUCUAUACUGUGUUGUAUGUGUCGUUAGGCAAAUGCCAUUGAAACUCUUCCAUUAAUAAAUACUUGUGAAACACCUCAGAUUCUAGAAUUUGGUCGCUGUUUCUCUUCUCUAGAUCAAAACAUGCCUUCUGCCAUAGAUGAAGGAAUAGGAGGCUUAUCGAAACGGCACAUGACUCCAUCAAAACAAAAUCAAAAUUAUAACCCUAGUUGCGAUCCAUCACCAUCACCAUCUCCAUCUUCCACAUCUGCUCCGGCGCUGGUGCUGACAAAUUCCGGGAAGCGGAUAGAUCAGGCUGGGAAGAAGAAAUACGUGAAGCAAGUAACAGGAAGACAUAAUGACACCGAGCUGCACUUAGCAGCCCAAAGAGGUGAUCUGGCAGCCGUGAAGCAGAUUCUCGAUGACAUUAAUUCGCAAAUGGUAAGAACUUUAAUCGGAGCUGAUUUUGAUGCGGAGGUUGCAGAGAUCCGAGCAUCAGUCGUAAAUGAGGUGAACGAAUUGGGAGAAACGGCACUCUACACAGCUUCUGAAAGGGGACAUCUGGAGGUAGUUAAAGAGCUUUUGAAAUAUUCAGAUAAGGAAACACUUUUGAAAAGAAGCCGAUUAGAGUUUGAUCCUUUACAUGUCGCUGCUAGUCAAGGACACCAUGCUGUAGUCCAACUCCUACUUGACCAUGACAUAACACUCUGCAAAACCAGAUCACAAGGAAACGCAACACCUCUUAUCACCGCAGCUUCAAAAGGCCACACUGAUGUCGUCAACGAACUGCUAUCAAAGGAUCCGACCUUGUUAGAUAUUCCUAGAUCCAAUGGCAAAAACGCAUUACAUCUAGCGGCAAGAGCAGGUCAUGUCGAGACUUUGAAGACUUUGCUCGAUAAGGAUUCAAAUCUGGCCAGAAGAACAGACAAAAAGGGCCAAACCGCCCUGCAUAUGGCGGUGAAAGGCGCUAGCAGCGACGUCGUUAAAUUGCUGCUCGAAGCUGAUGCCGCCAUCGUUAUGCUGCCGGACAAAUCCGGUUUCACCGCAUUACAUGUCGCCACAAGAAAAAAAAGAGCAGAGAUAGUAAACGAAUUGCUUAGUCUCCCUGAUACGAAUGUUAACGCAUUAACCAGAGACCACAAAACGGCUCUUGACAUUGCCGAAGGGCUUUCGUUAUCGGAGGAAGCCGCCGAUAUAAGGGCGUGUCUGGUUCGAUGCGGCGGAGUCCGAGCAAACGAGUUGAACCAGCCACGAGACGAGUUAAGAAAAACGGUGACUCAGAUAAAAAACGACGUCCACAUCCAGCUUUUACAGACGAAAAAAACAAACAAAAACGUCCAUGGAAUCGCUAAAGAGCUUCGAAAACUCCACCGUGAAGGAAUCAACAACGCCACGAACUCUGUCACCGUUGUGGCGGUGCUUUUCGCAACAGUGGCUUUUGCCGCCAUAUUCACGGUUCCCGGUGGGGAUAACGAUGACGGGAUGGCGGUGGUGGUGAACCGAGUUUCGUUUAAAAUAUUUUUUAUUUUUAAUGCGAUUGCUCUUUUUACGUCGUUGGCGGUGGUGGUGGUUCAGAUUACGUUGGUUAGAGGGGAGACGAAGGCAGAGAGGAAGGUGGUGGAGGUGAUUAAUAAGUUGAUGUGGUUGGCGUCUGUGUGUACUUCGGUGGCGUUUAUGGCGUCGGCGUAUAUAGUGGUUGGUCGGAAGUAUGAAUGGGCGGCGAUUUUGAUUACGGUGGUUGGUGGUGUUAUAAUGGUGGGGGUGUUGGGAACGAUGACGUAUUAUGUGGUGAAGUCGAAGAAAACUCGGUCGAUGAGAAGGAGGGAGAAGAUUGCCAAGAGUGGGACAAACUCGUGGCUGCCUUCGGAGUUUUCCAAUUCGGAAGUUGAAAGAAUUUAUGCUAUUUGAUUUUGACCUACAAAUAGAAUUAAUGUUUGUUUAUAGUAGUAUAUUUUAUUCUUCUUUGAUUUAAAAAUAUACUGUAUUGGUAUUGUGGUAUAGACCUAUAGAACAACCAAAGAAAGAGAAGACUAUAAAAGAGAUGCUAUACUGACUUAAAUGAAAGAAAGAAUAAAAGUUUCAAAUUUGUAUAUAAAAUAUGAUCAAUCUUUUUGUUA